AUGGUCAUGGCCCCGUAUCCCCUCCCGUUUUCCAUCUUCCAUUUCCAUGAUGAACGGAUUUAUCCCGCUGGGAACUGGGAUAAGGCACUUGCCGUCCAGAAGACACGUACGUUCAAGAAAUACCAGCUUAUGUUGACGGGGCUUCAACCAAUACGGAAAAACGUUUCCAACGGAUUUUUGCGGCGUGUUCUGGACCCAAUAAUCGUAUCCUCCUUUGGAUAUCUCCUUCAAGUUGUCAAUGUGAUCACGAAUUCGACGGUGACGGUGUCGUUUCUGUCUGGGCGCACAUCUUCUGUCGAGUUUCAUCCGUCCUCACCCAGCCUCAUGAUCCAUCUCCACAUCGGUCUAAUGGAAUUUCAGCUUCCAUCACUCAUUCUGUAUCACAUUGAUCAUCAUUUAGCUCCUUAUCAUCAUGGUGUUGUAAGUAGUAUCGGGUGUCCUAGUCCCACUUUAGACGGUCUUUCGAAGGGAGUAUACCACAAGGAUCUUCACCACAAUGCCAAUGCGGCUGGCGCUUCCACUAUCGCACUGCACGCAUCGAACAUACAAAGAUACCAGAAUGUUCUGUUCAGCGUUGGUGGUACACGGUUGCAAUUAUAUUUGUUCGUCGUUGUGUGA